ACAGCCUCCUCCCCCGGAGGCUUAUUUUGUUUUACCAUUCUUAGCUAGAUAUAUAGUUUGUAAGACCUAGAAUUUGAAGGGGGGGCCAUGGCCAUUGCAGGAAUGUCGAGCCACGCCAUUCUUAUCUUGUGCUUAGCUGCACUGGCCUGUCAAGCUGCCGCAACCGCAGUUACCCUGGUUGUGCCCGAUAUUUUCCGUGGCACUAAUUUGGGUGUCCAUGACAAAGUGGAUCCUACCGAGAAAAUCUUUAACGUGUUGGAUCAUGGCGCCAAGCCUGAUGGGUCUGGCGAUUCAAGCAUUGCUUUCAUACAAACAUGGAUUGCAGCAUGCCGCAACCACACCGGGAGAUCAAGGGUUGUAAUCCCAAAAGGGACUUUCAAGACUGGGCCAGUCAUAUUUGGAGGGCCAUGCAACUGCUCAAAACCCAUUGUUGUUCAAGUUUCAGGGACCAUCAAAGGCCUGAAUGAUAUUUCCUUGUAUGAAGAACCAUUCUGGUUCUUGUUUGAACGUGUAGAGGGCUUGGUCCUCACGGGCAAUGGCAUCUUUGAUGGGCAAGGUUCACGUUCCUGGAAAAACAUUGAUGGCUGCAGCAGUUGCAGUCCACUCCCAGCUAGCAUCAAAUUUAACGAUGUCAAAAAUGGGGUCAUCCGAGGCAUCACCUCCCUUAACAGCAAAGGAGUUCACGUUUUCCUCACUAACAGCCAGAACAUUAGGGUGCGUGGAGUGAACAUCUCUGCCCCUGACACAAGCCCCAACACUGACGGCAUCCACAUCAGCCACUCCAACAACAUCAAGAUUGCCAGAGUUCACAUUGGAACUGGUGAUGAUUGCAUUGGCAUGAUUCAGGGAUCCACCAACGUUGCCAUCAACAAUGUUGUCUGUGGCCCUGGACAUGGCAUCAGUAUCGGUAGCCUUGGCAAGUACCAGAAUGAAACUGACGUGAGGGGGAUCAUCGUGAAGAAGACAACGUUUUUGAACACAGACAACGGGAUUAGAAUCAAAUCAUGGCCAGGAUCAACCCCAAGCCGAGCCUCAAGCAUGAUUUUCCAGGACCUUAUCAUGCAGAAUGUUAGGAACCCCAUCAUAAUUGACCAAGAGUAUUGCACAGGGGGCUGCAACAAGAACCAGCCAUCGCGCGUACAGAUCAGUGAUGUUCACUACAUUAACAUAAGAGGGACCACAGCAUCAAAGAUUGCAGUGGAUUUCAUUUGCAGCAGCCAGUUCCCUUGCAAAAAUGUUGAGCUUCGUGACAUCAAUUUGAAGUACAUUGGUCCCAGCAAUGGCGGGCCUAUCACCUCCAUAUGCAAAAAUGCAAAAGUAGGAUUUGGUGGCAUACAAAACCCACCAGCCUGCCAUUAAGCGCCUGCUCUAGUUGAAGACAAGCACCCUUGUCCUGCUUAGCUACAUAUAUGUAUGUAUAUAUGUACAUGAAGAUGAUGAGGAGAGCAUCUUGGGUUUAAGAAGAAGAUUUAAUAUUGGGGUGUCUCUGAGGUUGAUGCAUAAGUAUGUUAAAAGUAAUGCAUCUUAGUUGUAUCUUUUCCUACAGGUUUCUUAUGAAGAGUUGUAUCUCUUGAUUAUAUGAGAAGUUGUAUCUUUUAGAUAUCAAAAGUUGCAUCUUUUAGAUAUCAAAAGUUGCAUCUGUAUCUCUUGAAUUAAUUCAAGAGUUGUGUCUUAUUAUGUAAAGGUGUAAAUGUAAUUAUAAAUAGCCAAUGUUAUGGGCA